AUGGCUGCUGCAGCUUUGCAAUUUGCUGGACUGAUCCUUGGCGGCAUUGGUGCAGUUGGGACUUUUGCCAUUACUGGCAUGCCUCAGUGGAGAGUGACUGCCUUCAUUGAGAACAACGUUGUGGUUUUUGAAACCAUCUGGGAAGGCCUCUGGAUGAAUUGCAUAAGGCAAGCUUCCAUCAGGAUGCAGUGCAAGGUGUAUGACUCCCUCCUGGCCUUGUCCCCUGACCUCCAGGCUUCGAGAGGCCUGAUGUGUGCAGCUUCUGCUUUGGCAUUCCUUGCUUUUGCUGUGGCCAUUCUUGGUAUGAAGUGCACCCAGUGCACGGGAAAUGAUGACCGAAUCAAGGGAUAUAUUUUGCUGGCGGGUGGCAUCACUUUCAUUUUGUCUGGCAUCAUCGUGCUUAUCCCAGUGUGCUUUGUUGCCCAUAACAUCAUCCGAGACUUCUACAAUCCAGUUGUCACAGUAGCUCAGAAGCGAGAGCUCGGGGAAGCCCUUUACAUAGGGUGGGUAUCCGCCUUUUGUCUCGUGGCUGGAGGGGCAGUGUUUUGCUGUUUCUGCAAGUGCAAUGAGAAAACCAGAAGCUAUCGGUAUUCGGUGCCUUCGCAACCCACAGCUUACCGCAGCCACAACAUCCAAAGAAGAGCUGAGAGUUCCUACUCUAAAAGUCAAUAUGUUUAG